AUGUCUUCGAAUGAAAACAAUGACAAUUUUCCUCCGGUUGAAGCACAAGGUAGAAAUGGAGAUCCUCCUGCGUUAGGUUUUGAAGAUGCUGUUGAACAACAACCAGAUUUAGAUGAAGAAAACAGAAGACGUUUUCCACAGAUACCACCAUUAGCAUUGCACCCAUGGGAAGGUAUUGGACAAGAAGUCAUCGGAGAGGAAGAAGAUGAUGACAACGAUGAGGUACAAGAAAUGAAUGUUUUUGAAAAUAAUCUAAAUCAUGAGCACGAACAACUCAAUCGUUUACAAGAACAAAUACGCAAUAUACAAAGACAUUUAUUAUUCGAUUUAAAUAAUCAACGCGAAGAUCCAGAAGAUAUGAAUAAUGAUGAUGAUGAUGAUGACGACGACGACAAUGAAGAUUGGGAAGACGCAGAAGUUGCAUCGUCAGGUGAGGAAAAUCCAGCGAGUGCCGUAGCUUAUGAUCGUCUAUUGCCAACAACACAUUCAUACAUGAAUGUACAAAAUUUUCAAGAAUUUAGUGGCGUUUCUUUAUUAUCUGAUGAUCGUCGUUCUCUUUUGCAUAUUGUUGAAUUAGCAAACAUGAUUUUAAUACCAAAUCAAAGUGUUCCAUGGCAAGUCUUUAAUACACGUACAACACGUAUGAUUAAAGAAGCUAAACAAGAAAAUCGCUUAUUUGGUGUUAUUGAUGCGUGUUCAUCAUUAUUAACCAAUGAUCCAAAAUAUGGUACAACAGCUGAAAUUGUUUCUUAUUAUGAAGAACUCAAUGAUGAAUCAUUACAAUUAAAAAUCAUCGGUCGACAACGUUUUAUUAUUGAUGAUCCAUCAACAAUGAAACGUGAUUUAAAUGGCAUACUUCGUGCAUAUGUAAGAAUUUUACCUGAUUUGCAAUUAAAACGACCGCCAUUACCAGUUAUAAGUCAAAAUUAUAUGCAUACCAUUAAUUUCGUAUUACAAUAUGAUCUUUGUUUACAACGACAAAAACGUUUAAAUCAAAAAUGUGUCAAUGAUAAUGAACAUCAAACUAUUGGAUGUGGACAAGCAUUAAUUAAUUUAAUUAAACGAAAACGAACAACAUCCUCAUCAUCAAUAACUUCCCAUGAUUCAAAAAGCUUAGUACUACCGAACCUUUCAAAACAACAUUUAUUUCGUAUGCGUUCUCGUACAUCUCCUUGGUCUUUGACACCUUAUCCCUAUUGGGUUAUACGUCGAUAUGAUGAUGUAUAUAUAAUGUCAUUAGUAAAAAUUGAAUUAAAUAAUACAAUGAUAGCUAAUGAUGAUGGUUCGUUACCUGUAACAUCAGAUCGUUUUGCUGAUUGGCUAUUAAUUAAUAUUCCAUUUGAAAUUCAAACCGUACAGAAAAUUUUAUCAUUUCCUACAACUAUUCAAAGAUUGCGUUUUGUUUUAUCAUGGCUUAGACGUUAUAAGAGAUUUGCUUGUCGUCAUUGUGCAGCAGAUAUUUGCGAAGAUCGUGAUAUAUUUUCAAUGUCUGCUACAGGAUUAAUGGCAGCAUACGUUAACCCACAUGGACAAAUUCAUGAAACAUUGACUGUUCUACAAGCAAAAAAUAUUCGUCUACUUGGUCAUGAAGUAGCCGAACAUUCAUGGUUUCCUGGAUAUAAAUGGACAAUAGUUCAAUGUCGUUUAUGUAGUAAUCAUCUUGGUUGGCGUUUUCGUAACCCAUCACUUAAACCAUCAACAUUUUAUGGUUUAACACGCAAUGGUCUGAUUUUUACGAAGAAUACAACAGAAAAUGAUAAAGAAGAGGAAAUAGAAGAGUCUAGACCAAGACGACAAUCGAUAGUUGAUGAAGAAUAA